ACAGUUAUAAAUUCAGUAUUACCUUUUGUCAAUAUAAACUAUUUGUACUGAUUGGCUGGUGUCCAAAAAACCUAUUUCCAGCUUAUCCAGGGCUAUAAUUAUAGAUUGGGCUGGAUCAAAUUCAAAUUUUCUGAGCACACAAUGACUAUGUUGAAUUAAUUUAUCUUUUUAUACUUGUUUUAUUUUCUCAUUAUUCUGUUCCUAACUUAUUAUUUUUAUAACUGGUUCAUUCAAGUUAUUAAAUAAAAUGAGUACAGAAGAAUCACAACAGUUUUGUCUAAGAUGGCACAAUUACCAAAGUUCAUUAAUGUCAACUUUACCACAACUAUUAAAUCACGAUGAUCUGACCGAUGUAACAUUAUGUGCGGGCCUAAGAACACUGAAAGCACACAGAGUUGUUUUGUCUGCUUGUAGUGAUUAUUUCAAGCAACUUUUUAAAACACUUACAAAGGACUUGGGAGCGAGCCAUCAUCCUGUAAUUGUCUUACCUGGUGUUGAAUUUACUGAUCUCUGUGCUCUAGUCACUUUUAUGUACAGUGGAGAAGUAAAUGUUUAUGAACAUCAAUUAGCCAGUAUGCUUUCAAUGGCUGAUACAUUACAUAUUAAAGGGUUGGCAGAAUUUUCUAAUGUGCCUGGUUAUACUCCUGGUACAUUUGAGAAAACAUCCCGGUGGAAACGAUCACGAGUGGAUGAACCUGAGGCACCAAGGGUGAAUAGACCAACAUUGAGUGAAACUGAAGCUUUUGCUGAUUUGGAUGUUGCUCAAGACUUGAGUAAACGUGUUCCAGAAAAUGAAAAUCAAGGCGAUGCUGUAAAUUUAGUUGCAAACACAGAUCAAAAGCCGUCCACAUCAGAAAUAAAUGUUUCAUAUGGCGAAGAAGCUCCAACACCUACAGAUUUAGUUCAAGGUCCAGUUGUUCAGGGUUCUCAGUCUGAUAAUGUCAAGUCACGAACACCUGUGUCCAAGCUCUAUACUAUGUGUUUCAUAUGUGGAAAACAACUAAGCAAUCAUUAUAAUCUGCGGGUUCAUAUGGAAACUCAUCAAAAUGCUCAGUACGCUUGUUCAGUAUGUAGUCAUGUUUCGCGGUCUAGAGAUGCAUUGCGUAAACAUGUGUCUUAUAGACACCCAAGGCCUACUAACAAUAAUACAACAACGGACAAUUCGGUAACAGUGGAUUCAUCGCCUAAUGUCAAUAAAUUACCAUCGACUUGACCCAAAGGUUUGCAUAUCACGUAAUAUAUACAUUUUUUUUUUUUGUUAUUAUUAUAUAAUUUAUCGUUGUUACCCGCUUAGAUAAAUCAUAUUUUUCUUAGUUAUACUCAUAUUAAUUGUUGACUUGUUAUUAUUAUUAUUAUUGCGUGAGUGUUUAAUUGUUAUUGUUUUAUUGUUGAAAUUUGUAAUCUGUUAUAGACCUAUAAUAGUAGAUAAUGUUACGGUCUACUGUGCUUGUGUAAAAGUAAACAAUUAAUUCAUUAUACCAAAAAAAAAAAAAAUGUAUUUAUAUUAAAAAAUACAUUUAUGACUUUAUAAAUAUUAGAUUACCUUAAAAAAUAAAUACCUAUUAAACUUUUUCUUAGUUUUUAAAUUACGUUUUAAUGCACUCUGUAAUUGUUCU